GUACAGCAUGCACGAGUGGGCGAGCGCAGUCGCCUUUACGCCACCCAGUGACAAGCUCUAAAACUACACAAACAUGAAAAGCAACAUGGCGGCCGCCAAACGUCUCAUAUCAAGGUUGGCUGUGGUCACCGGCGGGGGCAGCGGGAUCGGGCGCGCCGUGUGCCAGCGCUUUGCCUCCGAGGGCGCCUCCGUGGUGGUCACCGACAUCAGGGAGGAGUCAGCGAACGAGACCCUUCAAAGCCUGCCGAGUGACCUGGCAGGUCAGGGUCACAUGGCGGCCGUGGCGGACGUCUCGUCAAAGGAGAGCAUCAGGAAGCUGCUCACAAGCAUCCAGACUUGCUUCUUCCAGCCGCCGUCGGUGUGCGUGAACGCGGCGGGAAUCACCCUGGACGACUUCCUGCUCAGCAUGGAGGAGGACCACUUUGACAGGGUCAUCCAGGUCAACCUAAAAGGCUCCUUCUUGGUCACUCAGGCCGUCGCUCAAGCUUUGGUGGCCUGUGGAGCCGCCAAAGGAUCCAUCAUUACUGUCGGCAGCAUUGUGGGCAAGGUGGGAAACAUGGGGCAGGUGAAUUACGCCGCCUCUAAAGCCGGCGUGGAGGGUUUGACCAGGAGUGCCGCCAAGGAGCUCAGCAGGUUUGGGAUUCGGUGUAACUGCGUGCUGCCAGGUUUUAUAUCCACCCCCAUGACGGACAAAGUGCCAGAGAAGGUCAUCAGCAAGAUGAAGUCGCUGGUGCCUCUUGGGCGGAUGGGCGAGGCGGCAGAGGUCGCUGACGUGUGCGCCUUUCUGGCCUCAGACGACGCUCGCUAUGUCACAGGAGCCAGUAUGGAAGUGACAGGUGGACUUUUCAUGGGCUAAAGCUCACCCCGCCCAAGGAAGAGCAAACUCAUGUUUGUAUUAUUUUCCUUUUGUGCCAAUAAACAUGCUGCUGAUGAAAC